GUGUCAGUGAUGGAGGGAGAUUCUGUCACUCUAAACACUGAUGUUACUGAAAUACCUGAAGAUGAUGAUAUACUAUGGACAUUUGGAACUGACAGUUCUCCCAUAGCUGAAAUCAGUAGAGAGAAACGAAUCUUCUCCACAUAUGAUGGUACUGAUGAGAGAUUCAGAGACAGACUGAAGCUGGACAAUCAAACUGGAUCUCUGACCAUCACAAACAUCACAACUCAACAUGCUGGAUUCUAUCAACUAGAGAUAAUUGGUGUAAAAUGGUCCUCGGAAACAUUCAGUGUUUCUAUCUAUGCUCGUCUGCCUGUUCCUAACAUUACCAGAGACUGUUCAUCAUCUUCAUCAUCAUCAUCAUAUUGUUCAUUGUUGUGUUCAGUGGUGAAUGUGAGUCAUGUGACUCUCUCCUGGUACAAAGGAAACAGUUUAUUGUCCAGCAUCAGUGUGUCUGAUCUCAGCAUCAGUCUCUCUCUACCUCUGGAGGUGGAAUAUCAGGAUAAAAACACCUACAGCUGUGUGCUCAACAAUCCCAUCAGCAACCAGACCACACAUCUGGACAUCAGCAAACCAUGUGACACAUCUUCAGAAGACACUGUGACAUUAGGCUACUAUGAAGGGGGUCCUGAAGGUUGUUGA